AUGUUGGAGAGUAAUUACACUAUGCCAACUGAGUUCCUAUUUGUUGGAUUCACAGAUUAUCUACCUCUCAGAGUCACACUGUUCUUGGUAUUCCUUAUGGUAUAUACAUUAACUAUGGUGGGAAAUAUACUUUUAAUAAUUCUAGUUAAUAAUAAUUCAAGCCUUCAAACCCCCAUGUAUUAUUUUCUUAGCAACUUGUCUUUCUUAGACAUCAGCUAUUCUACAGCAAUCACUCCUAAAAUGCUGGCAAACUUCUUAGCAUCCAAGAAAAGCAUCUCUCCUUAUGGGUGUGCACUACAAAUGUUUUUCUUCACUUCUUUUGCUGAUGCUGAGUGCCUUAUCCUGACAGCAAUGGCUUAUGACCGCUAUGCAGCCAUCUGCAACCCACUGCUCUAUUCUACACUGAUGUCUAGGAGAGUCUGUGUCUGCUUCAUUGUGUUGGCAUAUUUCAGUGGAAGUACAACAUCACUGGUCCAUGUGUGCCUCACAUUCAGGCUGUCGUUUUGUGGCUCCAAUAUUGUCAAUCAUUUUUUCUGUGAUAUCCCACCUCUUCUGGCUUUAUCAUGUACAGACACUCAGAUCAACCAGCUUCUGCUCUUUGCUUUGUGCGGCUUCAUCCAGACCAGCACUUUUGUGGUCAUAUUUAUUUCUUACUUCUGCAUCCUCAUCACUGUGUUGAGCAUCAAGUCCUCAGGUGGCAGAAGCAAAACAUUCUCCACUUGUGCUUCCCACCUCAUAGCAGUCACCUUAUUCUAUGGAGCGCUCCUGUUUAUGUACUUACGGCCCACGACCCGCUAUUCCCUAGACACUGAUAAGGUGGUGGCAGUGUUUUAUACUGUUGUGUUUCCCAUGUUUAAUCCAAUAAUCUAUAGUUUCAGGAACAAAGAUGUGAAAAAUGCUCUCAAAAAGCUAUUAGAAAGAAUUGGAUAUUCAAAUGAAUGGUAUUUAAAUCAUUUAAGAAUAGUCAAUAUCUAA